UGAUCUGACCAAGGUGUUGCGUCAUAGGGCUUCCCCACCCGUUCUUGUACCACCAGGCACCUCCACGAGUACGGGAUCGUCCAUUGGUUUCUUUGUCGCAGGGCCAUCUUCCCCAGAAGUCCACCACCCAUUCCAAGAUGGAGAAGAAACAAAAUACUGCAUCUCACGCCGGCCCAGAGCUCGAACGAGGAGCCCAUGAGGACGUCGGCAACAGGGUCGAUUUCGAAGAUCCGCACGAUACAUAUAAUCCCAAGAAUUGGACUUUCGCGAAGAAAACCUUGAACACGUUGUUGUAUGGACUUACGACGCUCGGCUCUACAUGGGCAAGUGCGGCGUACUCCCCCGCGAACGAAAUAGUUGUGCACGACUAUGAAGUCUCUAGUGAAGUGGCCGUGCUAGGAACCAGUGUCCUUCUUCUAGGUUUUGGCUUCGGUCCUUUGGUAUGGGCCCCUCUUUCCGAAGUCUACGGGAGAAAGUGGCCUACAGUUGCACCCUGCUUCAUUUCUGCUCUCUUCUCAUUUGCCACUGGGGCGUCCAAGGAUAUCCAAUCCAUCAUAAUAACUCGCUUCUUUUGCGGAUUCUUCGGCGCGGCGCCCAUAACUUGCACAGGCGGCGUGUUUGCAGACAUCUGGGACUCUACUCAGCGCGGGAACGCGAUUGUUGGAUAUGCGUUGGCGGUGGCAGGAGGGCCAGUACUUGCGCCUAUCGUUGGAGGCGCAAUUGUCGUGAGUGGGGUGUCGUGGAGGUGGACCGAAUACAUCACCGGAAUCAUCCAGUUGCUCACCGUUGUGCUCGACGCGGUAUUCGCCUCAGAGUCCUACGCCCCUCGACUGCUAGUAUCCAAAGCUCGGCGUCUGCGCAUCCAAACUAAAAACUGGGCACUCCAUGCCGAAUACGAAGAGCUAGAUGUCACCUUCGCCGAGCUUCUCAACAAAUUCGGCGUUCGUCCCUGGCAGAUGCUCUUCACGCCAAUUUGCGGCCUCAUCGCACUCUACGCUUCGUUCAUCUACGGCGUGUUCUACGCUUCUCUCGCAUCCUUUCCCAUCAUCUUCCAAGACGAUCGCGGGUGGAAUCCGCUGAUUGGAUCCUUACCUUUCCUUGCACUUCUGCUUGGGAUCAUUCUCGGCUCUGGACUCAACGUGCUCAAUCAGGUUUUCUUCUACAACCCACGGCUGGUAUCUCGAGGUACCGAAAAGGCCAUUCCAGAGGCUCGCCUUCCACCGAUGAUGCUCGGGUCUGUUCUCUUCGCAGGCGGCUUGUUCCUACUUGGCUGGACAUCGCAUCCGCGCUUUCACUGGUGCAUUCCAGCCACGGGUGCCCUGCUGGUCGGUUUUGGUUACUAUACCAUAUUCCAGUCAGCCCUCAAUUAUCUCGUCGACACCUUUCAGCGCUGGGGUGCAUCAGCUAUUGCUGCGAAUACCUUUCUGAGGAGUAUUCUCGCCGCCUGCUUCCCCGCGGUUGUAAUUCCACUGUAUCGAAAGCUGGGGACAGGCCUUGCUAGCACUUGCUUCGCCGGGUUUGCGGUCUUCAUGAUUCCUAUUCCUUUCCUGUUCUAUCGGUGGGGAGAGUGGUUGAGGACAAGGGGGCGAUGGAGCUCAAACAUGGGUUGAAUGCGGCUGUCGCAGCCCAAAAGAAUGUGAAGGACCAAGUCAUGCAGAUACUGUGCACUAUCCUGCACUCUUCCAAGAUGCUAUGUGCCCUAAGUGGAACAAGAAGCCUCGUUAGACGAGCGGUGUUGGAAGCGGGGAAGCUGUGGGGUAACAGCUGUCAGACCGAGGCGUAAUUCUCGGCACGCUACUCGCAGCCCUUCGUUUCAGAACCCGAGCGUCAGCUUUGUUCCCCACUUCUCGAGCGGAGACAUCAACUUUGAUCAUCGUCCGCCCUUUUCCAA